AUGUCUGAACAAGCUACUAAACAAGUCAUUGAAGAUAGAAUCUAUCUUGGUAAUGUUGAUUACAAGGCCACCGAAGAAGAAGUUAGAGAAUUCUUCAAGGAUUUAAAGGUUACUGAAGUUGAUAUCCCAAGUAAAACUUUUAAACUCGGUAAAAAAACCGUGGAUAGACACUUAGGUUUUGCUUUUGUUCAAUUUGAAACCAAAGACGAUGCCGAUAAAGCCAUUGAAAAAUUUAAUGGUGAAGAAUUCAAAGGUAGAAAUAUUUAUACUAAAAAAGCAGUUCCACCUCCAACUGAAGAAGAAAAACAAAUUAAGACUGAAGCUUAUAAGGCUAAAAAGGCUGAAAAGAAAAAGAAACUCGCUGAAAAAAAAGCAGCCACUAAUGCCACUAAAAAGAAGACUGAAGAAAAAACUACCCCAGAAAAAGAAUCUAAAGAUGCUACUGAAAAAGUUCCUGAAGGGACUCCUUCUAAGGAUACCAUUUUCAUUACCAAUUUAGAUUACAAAGUUGAUGUUCAAACUUUAAGCAAUCUUUUCAAAGAAUUGAAACCAAAAUGGAUUCAUGUUCCAACCGUUAGAUAUCCAAAAAGAUUUCAAAGAGGUAGAGCUGGAGGUAAACCAACUCACAAUAAGGGUAUUGCUUUUGCUAAAUUCUCUAGUGAAGAAGCUCAAAAGCAAGCCAUUGCUCAAUUUAAUGGUAAAGAUAUUAAUGGUAGAGAAAUUAUUAUUGAUAUUGCCAUUAAUACUAAA